AUGAGGCUUCUCUGGCCUCUGCUGGCACUUCUGGUAGCCGUCAAUGCCCAAUUUGAGCUCGCUACCCAACUCCCAACAUGCGCGUUGACAUGCGUUCUGGACAUCUUGCCCUCGACCAACUGUUCUGUCACUGACAUAGAUUGCAUAUGUGCAAGUGACCAGCUCUGGGCAGAUGCUCUCGGCUGCGUUCUGGACAACUGCACAACCCGUGAAGCCCUCACGGCACAGAAUGUCUCCGCUACUACCUGCAAACGGGCUGUACGUGAUCGGGGACUGGAGGUAGCUAUCGUUGGCCCUGCGCUUACAGGCCUGGCGCUGGCCUUCGUGGGCCUUCGUGGCCUUGCACGGCGGCCUGACAAGGGCGACCUGUGGGGCUGGGAUGACGCAGCUGUUGUUUUUGCUUGGGCCAUAGGACUGCCCGUCGCCAUCAUGGACGGCUAUUUUUACAAGUACGGGAUUGGGAAGGAUAUCUGGACGAUACCAUUUGACGACAUCACGAAUUUGCUGCGCCUGUUCUACCUCGCCGAGAUCUUCUACCUGCUAUCGACAGUCGCAACCAAGCUAGCAUUGCUCAUCUUUUUCCUCCGCGUGUUCCCCAAUCGCAACUUUCGGCUAGCAACACAGGUGAUGAUGGGGAUCUGCAUUGCCUUCUGCACUGCGUUCAUUCUGCCGCUGAUAUUCCAGUGUCGACCCAUCAACUAUGCUUGGCACAGAUGGGAUGACCAGAAAGAAGGACAGUGCAUCAACGUCUACGCUGGAAUCGCCGCGCACGCCGCACUGAACAUGAUCUUGGACCUGAUCAUUCUGAUUCUGCCGUUGCCAAUCCUCUUCAGGCUACACACCACAUAUUUUUGGAGACAGAAGUUUCAUAUUCUGGUCAUGUUCAGUUUUGGACUUAUCGUGACGAUCAUCUCUCUUCUGAGGCUCGUCGCUCUGUUCCCCCUUCGAAACGCCACGAACAUCACUUGGGACUACUGGGGAUCCAUCAUGUGGUCUGUGGUGGAGACUGAAGUCGGCAUAAUCUGUGCCUGUUUGCCGGCGGCCAAAGUGGUCUUCGCCAGACUCCUGCCCACAUGGUUCAAGUCGACGACAUACCCCAGCACCAUGCAACGGUCAGAGCAUCCUCAUGGGCGAAGAGUGGUUAGCAGCAACCGAGGACCGAGAUUGUCAGACCGGGGACCCUCCCCUAUCGGCUCCACACAAACGGGAGAAACAGGCCUUAACAACAUGAUAGAUCUCGAAGCACCGGCGAGCAAGGAAUCGGCGAACAUGCGGAUGGGUGCAACCACACCUUCGGAUGGGGGCGGACUUGAGGACUCUAGGCCAACAUCGACUAAGCAGUGGUCGUGA